UGAUAAGUAUACCAAAUCGGUCAAACUUAAACUUGUGGGGUCUGUGUUCUCUAUUAUCUUCCUCGUUACAGAUAUGAAGGUUGCCUAUGCAUCGUACUCCGUCAUUGUUGCAGUUGCUAUCAUUGCAUCCCUUGGCAGGCCUAUCUGGUGCCAGACUUGUGGUACAGAGGCUUAUGGAGGUAAGAAAAAAUAUCCCCCUUUUUUCCAAUGAAUCGGUUUUUUUCCUUUUAAAUGUUGAGAUAUACUUGGCAAGUAAGACGUAUAGGCUCUGACUAGUCGCACAUGCCACGCCAUGGAGUACAAAAAAAAGGAAUAGAAAAAGGGUCGCAAAGCUAUCAAAUUGGACUCGUCUUUUUAAAAGAUAGCAUAGCUUUGUUAAAAACGUCCUUCUUAGUUUUGUUGUUUCUUAGGAGAGCCCUUUCUUUGUCAUUGACCCAUCGUCUACUUCUGGUCAGAAGCAGAGAAAGGAGCCUUAGUUGCUGCUUUAGCAGAGAAAGGAGCCUAAAUUGCUGCUUUACCAAGCCGGGUGUGCAACAGGCUGUUAAAGUACAAAUACAAUUGGUUAAUAUUGAGGAAAACUCAAAUUGGAAGAAAAUCAGUUAAGGAAGCUCAGCAUAACACUAGUAAAUUAAGAUCAAAAGUAACACAGGUUACAAUGUUAUAUGCCAAUCGAUUUUUAAACUCCCUCAUUCGAAAUAAUUUUAAAACACAUAAGUUACUAGACUUUGCUAGAGCUGAGAGCACAUAGUGAAACGCUUUGGGCGUUCAAGUGCUCAUUGUAAAAUAUCCUAUAACUGCUUCCCUCAUAGGAUUUUGACAGUGUUUUAAAAAUCUCGCAAUGUUGUGCUGUAGGUUCACCAUCUGUGGACUUUUAUGUAACAACGCCUGACAAAUCGCCUCAUACACCUGAAAUGAAACACUUGGACAAAGCAGUCACCGUACAGCUCGGCUCGAAUGUAACAUUGGUAUGCACUGCAAAAAUGCCGUUGGGAUUCCCACCAUAUCUUCGCUCCUAUUUGGAGCCUAAUCUGAUCAAGUUGUUCGUAAACUACUCCUUCAUUCGCGAAUUCAACUGUGAUAAAAAGCCUCGCAGGGUCAAAACGUGCUCUUUGUCGCUCGUGAAUGUGAAACCAGGAGACAAAGGCAAGUACUUCUGCCAGGCAGUCAAUGAACUGGGAUGUACCUACAAACAGCUGAAAGUCGCCAUCACUGGUGGUAGGUAACUCAAUGUUUAGUCAUCUUUCCCUUCUACAGAAAGUCUGUCUCUAUGUGACAAAUCCUAUACUUUCCCACAUGAAAAGUGUAGGCUGCAAUCUUUAGCAAGAAUAUGAUCAUAUUUUUAAACUUGGGUAGGAUCGCACGUAAAACGUAAUAAACAUAAAUGAGAAUGACACUAGAGACAAAACUAUCCAAAAAGAAAAUAAAUAAAUAUGAAAAGUUGACCAAAAACGCCAUUGAUUUUCGAGUUUUUUUUUAGCAGUUCGUUAAUACCCCCAAGUGACGCCAGGCACCAACUUGACGCAGCCCAGUUAUAUGCCCAUUUUCUUUAGAUAUUUUAUUACCCCUUUUUUUUAGACAAAAGUAGGGAAAAUUGAUUUAGGUGUUCAUUGUUAUCAUAUGUUCUGUGCCAUCGACAGGUGAACAAGAAGGGCAGGUGCCUGGAAUUCGCCAAGGCCGGAAAAACAUUGUGAGCAAAUUCAAGCGAAGUUUGGCAUGA